GCUUCGCCAAUAGCGCUCUAGGUUAGUGGCUCAGCUGUGUUUAUCGUCCGACGGUUCAAUAGCAGGAUGGUAGGUGCCAAUCGUUUAGAGAAUGCUAAUCCGUUAAUUUAUCAGCGUACAGGAGAACGGCAACUCACAGCUCAGGAAGAAGAUGAGGACGUUGCGGAUAAGAUCGAUGAUCGAGAGAUAUUUGAUCUCAUAAGGUCAAUCAAUGACCCAGAACACCCACUUACCUUGGAAGAACUAAACGUAGUUGAACAAGUAAGAGUUAAGGUAAACGAUGAUGAGAGCGUGGUUUCUGUAGAGUUCACCCCAACUAUUCCACAUUGCAGUAUGGCGACAUUGAUUGGACUGUCCAUCAAAGUUAAGCUGCUGAGAUCCUUGCCUGAAAGAUUCAAGGUAGAUGUUCAUAUAACUCCUGGUACCCAUGUAUCUGAGCUUGCAGUGAAUAAACAGCUUGCAGACAAAGAACGUGUAGCUGCUGCCUUGGAAAACUCACACUUGUUGGAAGUUGUCAAUCAGUGUUUGGCUGUUAAGUCUUCCUGAAGAAGGAAAUAUGAAAUUGCUACCAUUUUGGAUGCCUUCUAGCUUUUGCACAGAGUUUGAGGAGAUUUGCUGCUGAGAAGUAGAAUUUUUAUAUGUAAUGUCUAGGUUAUCUAAGUUAUGUAAAACUAUAUAUAUUUCUGUCUCUCUUUUUUUUCCAUUUGUUUUUAUAAUGAAGUGGACAGAGAACAGGGUGCCUCUUUGGGGGCAGUAUGCAAACUGGAACAACAAAUUGAUAAAUGGUAAUAAAGUAUUUAUAUUGCAAGUUUCUAAUGAUAUGUUUUGAUAACCAUCAGAAGAGUGAUUGAGUAACUCGAUUGAUGUGAUUAAUAUGCCCAUUUGCAUUGUGCUUAAAAUGUUGUACAUUUUCCUGUCUAAUCCAUAUGUGUUAGUGUACAGGUGAAUGUUUUCACAUCUGCUGCACCUUAUCUAAUUGAACGAGGUAUUGUGUAAUGUUUAUUAAGAGAGAUGUUCUUGUGGAAUGUGUCUUCCAGGUCAUUAUUUGUCAUCUUGAAACUAAAAUAAUUUUAAGACUGAA